AUAGUUUGUAAUUAAGUAUUGUUUAUCACGUGAAUAAAAGGGAAAAGUAUUAAGAAAGACACAUUAAUACAUACUGUAUUCGGCUGAUUUACAAUGAGUUUUCCAUCUCUUAUUUUAGCAACGGCCUCCGGAGAAAGGUCUGCAGCUAAGGAAUGUGCUAAAUGGGAAAAUGAACAGUUAUGUGCUGAAAUAGACAGCUUAGGGCGUGAAAUUAAAAAGCUCAAACAAAUUGUUGACCAUUUGUCACGAGACUAUGAAGAUUCUAAAGGAUAUGAUCCACUUAGACGGUAUGAGAAAUUAAAAGGAAUGAUUAAAAGGACAAUAAUGCAUUUAAGACUAAAUCCAGAGGGACCAAAUACGGUUCAAAAUAUUGGUGUUGGAGGAUUAGUCCAAGGAUGCAAGGACUUCAGCCAUCAAGCCGAAAGUGCCAGGCGAAGAGAAAACAAAUAUGCCAGUUAG